GACGCGAGAGAAUGUCCCUCUUUUUGUCUCUCUCUCUCUCUCCCCUCCUCACUCCCUCUUUUUCUCUCCACAUCUCUGAUUAGAUAUAGUGAUUCCUCAGUCAAUGGACGUCAUUUAGUGCAGACUCGCCUUGAGUUGGUUGCCUCGCUUCACGCUCGAUUUCAGACCAUUCUUCCCUUAUUAAGCAUUCGUGUAAUAUUAAUAGUCAUGAAUAUCUUCCAUUAGGAAUCCAAGGGAAGUAGAAGCUAUUUGCUAAUAUGAGCUCAAUCGCAGGAACAGCACAGUGAUAGAACAAGACGGCGGAACAGGGGAUACAAGAAACUUUAAAAUAAAAAUCCGCAAGAUCAUACAGUUUUUUAGAAUCAAAUGAAGGGCAGCGGGAAUUUCACCAAAUUCUGAUGGAUUAUCGUUCUUCGAUGGUGCUUAUCUGACAAUUGGGCUCCGAGACCUUGCAAUAGAGUCGUUGUUGGGUUUAUUUAGUUUGCUCGAAUAUUUCGUUGUUUUGUCCACGUUCUUACUCGCAAAUUCUAUUUUGAAUCGCUCGAAAAUCUUCGCAGAUGUUAGUGCACAGUUUUUCCGCGAUGGAUCGUCACGACGGUACCAGCAAUGGGACAGCGAGACUACCUCAGUUGGGGAGCGUGGGCCAGUCCCCGUACACAAGCGCCCCUCCGCUCUCCCACACCCCAAACUCCGACUUCCAGCCACCGUACUUUCCACCGCCCUACCAGCCCAUCUAUCCCCAGUCUCAGGACCCAUAUUCGCACGUCAACGACCCGUACUCUCUAAACUCCCUGCACGCCCAGCCGCAGCCGCAGCACCCGGGCUGGCCCGGGCAGAGGCAGAGCCAGGAGAGCAGCCUGCUCCACCAGCACCGGGGCUUACCGCACCAGCUCUGUCGGGAGUACCGCAGAGAGGUUCUCCUACCGUCGGGCCACGGGAUCGAAACGGGACUCUCAGAUUCUAUCCCAAUCCAUGGAAUACCUCACUCCUUGGAAGACGUUCAGGUAAUCCAACACUUUUUGCAUGUUGAGGACCAAGGAAUUCACAUCCCGGACCAGACUGUCAUUAAAAAAGGUCCAGUUUCCUUAUCCAAGAACAACAACGUCUCAGCCAUCCCAAUAAACAAAGACGGCCUUUUCGGCGGCGUGGUGAACCCCAACGAGGUGUUCUGUUCGGUUCCGGGUCGCCUGUCCCUGCUCAGCUCCACUUCAAAGUACAAGGUCACCGUAGCGGAAGUGCAGAGACGCCUCUCUCCGCCCGAGUGCCUCAACGCGUCUCUGCUGGGCGGAGUGCUGAGAAGGGCGAAAUCUAAGAACGGUGGACGGUCCCUUCGAGAGAAAUUGGAUAAAAUCGGUUUGAAUCUUCCUGCCGGUCGACGCAAGGCAGCCAAUGUCACGCUGCUGACAUCACUAGUGGAAGGCGAAGCUGUUCAUCUUGCCAGAGAUUUUGGUUACGUAUGCGAGACAGAGUUCCCUUCCAAGGCAGUGGCGGAAUAUGUUAACCGUCAGCAUUCCGACCCAAACGAACAAGUCCAAAGAAAAAACAUGCUAUUGGCAACUAAGCAAAUCUGCAAAGAAUUCACAGACCUGCUUUCCCAGGACCGCUCGCCGUUGGGGAAUUCUCGACCACAACCUAUUCUUGAGCCGGGGAUUCAGAGUUGUUUGACCCACUUUAGUCUAAUUUCUCACGGAUUCGGGACCCCGGCUAUGUGCGCGGCCCUCACCGCCCUCCAGAACUAUCUGACCGAGGCGAUCAAAGCCAUGGACAAAAUGUACCUUAACAAUAACCCCAACAGUCACUCAGAGAGCGGCACUAAAGGCGGAGACAAAGACGAGAAACACAGAAAAUGAUUUCCCCCUGAACGCCCAAUAUAAAUAUUAUAAAUACUUAUAAAUACUAUUGAUCAAGUAACGUGCCACUUCCUAAUCUCGCCAUUUUACAUGUUUGUUUUUACUACAAUUCAACUUUGGAUUCACGGGAAGCAACACGCAAAAUCCCCAUAAGAAUUAAGAAAAAAGAAAAAAAGAUGCUGAAAGCGCAAAGGAACCGCUCCAGGGCGGGAAAGGAACCGCUCCAGGGCGGGAAAGGUCUCUGCCACACCGAGGAGUUUUUAUGUACUUCCUCUUUUUAUGAGCUGCGACCGACUGAAAUCCAGCGACCCUUAUAUCUCAAUUUACGAUUGUAGCCGUAUGACAAAAGAAGCAAAAAAGAGGAUGAAUUCUUAUCAGUAUUGUGAAUAAUAAACUUGAAAAAAAAAAGAAAAUCCACAGAGUUCCAUGUCAUGACUUGCGUUGUAACUCUCACUCCAAGCGACCAACUUGAACUUUGAAUUUCAACACGAUUCGCGAUUAUAUAAGGGAAUCUGUGUUCAUGUAUGUAAAUAUUUAUUUAUGUGUAAUUUAAUGGGAAUUGUAAAUAUGGUGCGUCUGUUGAAAAUUCUUUUUUUAUUUAUCUGGUGCCUCCUGUUUUAGUGGGUUUGAAUAUUCGUUUAGUUCUUCAUGUGGUUUAUGGUUCUAGAAAACAGCAGUUUGGGGUAUUUUUUCUCUGGGAUAUUUCAAUUCAGCCCUCUUGUAGCAUGUUGAGGCGACAUUGAAGCAAGUGAACAAAUUUAAUAGAAAUAAACUACCAUUACUCUCUAUCAUCCUUAUUCAUUUAUUUUAUUUUAUUGAGAGCAUAAGCGAGACCUUGAUGAGAUCUGUUUCGUGUUUCUAUUUUCUUGUUUUUAUACAAGCUUUUAUGUGUUGUGCCAAUCAGAAAACGUUUCACCUCUUGUUCUUCCCUCAAAGCACCAUAAAAGCAAUAAAUGGAUAUUGUCUUUAGGAUUUUUUUUUCAAUGUUUGAAGACAUUCAAAACAUUUGGGACCAUCUGAUAUCUUGUAUGUCCACUGUCUAAAUUGGAGGCGGUUUUAGCUGUGUUGUAUAGACCUGUGCUGGCAAUAGUCCCCAUGCCUGUCAAUGUAUUAUAGUCCUUUGUUGCCCAGAAAGAAAAAAAAUAAAUAUUUGAUACGCUUCA